AUGACAUGUCCACCUGCCCAGACCCAGUCCACAGGGUACUUCUACGGAGUGGACAAAACUGGUACUGUCUUGAGGAAUGCCCUCGGGUCCCAGAUGGCGUGGUCGCGGUCCUUCGCAGUCGGAGGUGUGGAGCACAAGGUGCGAGAUCCGCUGUGUCACACUGGAUUGCAAGCCAUCUCACCGAGCGACGUAGCGGCAUGGAAGGUCCCAGAGCCUCCAAUGCUCCAGGACCGGCCUUUCCGCUUGGAAGAAAUACCAGGCACAGGGCAACGUGAUGCAUGGGGCCUAGUAGGCCUAGAGGGCGGCUGCACUGAAGUCGAAGCAGAGGCCGCGGCCUCGGCGCUGCCGGGCGAUGUGGUGCUGCUCGAACGCCCCAUCUUGGCGAUUCGAAGUGAUGAGAAGGGCGAUGAGUGGAAUCACGACCUUCACAGCCAGUACAAAGCGCUCUCUGAAGAAGGCCGGGCAGAGGUGUGGAAGCUUCAUGACGCUUGCCUCCAGAAGCCGGAAAAGUCUCUGGAAGGCAUUUUGUUCACAAACUGCAUCGGCCGAGAUCAAAGUGUGAGGUUUGAUGCAGCGCUCUGUUUGGCAUUGAGUCGUUUCAAUCAUAGUUGCUGCCCAAAUCUCGAGCAGAGCUGGGAUGAAGAUGCCGGGCAUGUCCGGUUGGUGGCCGCGCAGCCGGUCAAGGCGGGCGAGGAGCUCUUCACGCACUACGUGGAGUUGAGGGAGUGCCGUGAGGAGCGGCAACAACGGCUUCAGGAGUCUUACGGCUUCCUGUGUUCCAGCACCAACACAUGUCCGGUGUGCUCGGGCUCGGUGGAGAGCGAUAAACGGCGGACCGAAAUGGGGCGCUUGGAUGCUAGCAUCCGGAAAGAUCGGCUGAGCAAUCUCGAGCAGAGUGAAAGAAUGGUGAAGAGGCUGCUGAGAUUGUACGACCAGGAAGGGCUGGGCUUGUUCAGCUGGCGAAAGCUGCAUUGCCUCUCGGCGAUGGAGUUUGCCUUGCGCAGGGGCGACCUCCCCGUGGCCGUCCAAUGGGCGCGCAAGGCGCACGAUAACGCAAGGUUGGCCCACGGACCGGAUCACCGGGACACGCGCUGGUGUGCCGAGCUGAUGAAGGACCCCUCCAGUCAUCCUUCCUUUGAGUACCGCAGCCAGAAUGUCAAGAACUGGGCAGCCUACGCUCUCGCCCUCACGCUUUUCCUGGUUGUCUACACGAUCAUGUACGACUGA